CGUUCGCUUCAGUGGAGCUGUUGCGGCGGCCGCAGAGCCAAAAUGGCGGAGAUUCACAGUGAGGCGUUGCAGUUGAAUAAAGAAGGCGGAAAAGUCAUGUGAGGUUUGUUUACUUCCGCCUGGAGCUCAACUGCACGUGUAGUGAAAGUGUGUACUACAGAACAUGGCUGCCAUGAAAGCCUUCAGCCCAGAGGAGACCCAGAGGAUCCUGCAUCAUCUGCAGCAGCCUGCAGUCUUCAUGAACAUGACCGGUGGCUGGCCUGUUCUCCGCUGGACUGCAGAGCACCUGUCCGACUGUCUGGGUGACAAACUCAUCAGAUUCAGACUCGGGAGGAAAGAGGAGACAAACACACCUUUGUUUGAGACCCAGUGCUCCUACGUGGAGGCCAGACUGCAGCAGUUUCUCAGCUGGACUCAGGACCAGGCCGAGGCAGACGUAGGACCUUUCUUUAAAUACCCCCGCUCACAGUACUGGGCCUACGCUGACUACAAAUACAUCGCCAUGUUAUUUCAAGACCAGCCUUCCAUGUUUGAGGAUGUAAAGUGGUCUGAGUUUGGUUUUGAGGGGCGUACUGGCAAAGAGAGCACCUUAUGGAUCGGCACAGCGGGGGCCAACACGCCGUGUCACCUGGACUCUUACGGCUUUAACCUGGUGCUGCAGGUACAGGGACGGAAGCGCUGGCACCUCUUCCCUCCAGACGACACUGUUAAACUCUACCCAACCAGGAUCCCCUAUGAGGAGUCCAGCAUCUUCAGCCAAGUGGAUGUUCUCCACCCAGACCUGAGGAGGUUCCCUAAAUUUCAGGGAGCCAGAGCGCACGUCGUCACUCUGCAGCCGGGACAGGUGCUGUACGUCCCCAGACACUGGUGGCACUACGUGGAGUCUGUGGAUCCCGUCACCGUCAGUGUCAAUUCCUGGAUCGAGCUGGAAGUGGAUGACGUGGCGAGAGUCGGGGAAGCUGUGACCAAGGCUGUUGUCUGCGCCCUUAAAAGUGACGACAACACUGGCGACUGGCUCAAUCCUACUGAGGAAGGAGUCGCAUCCCAUAAUGAGAACAUGCAGUGUGUGAACCUGGCAGUGAGAGCCUGUGCUGACAGACCGAGGAGCCUCUGCCACGGCGAGCUGACCCAGCACCCGAGAGACGGCCGUCCAGCCAAGCGGGACUCCAGAGGACAAAUCAGGAAAAACAGCGAUGUGGUCGGGGAUCCUGCGCCCUUCAGUGUUCCCUUCGGACCAAACCUCAUCCCUGUACGCUGUCAGCGGGAGCACACGCCGAAAAUCACAAAAGCUCCAGAGGUCAGAUCCUCCAGGAUGUGUGAUGUCAGGUGUCAAGAGGAGCGCGUUGUCGGCUCGGAUGCAGCACCGAGAGCCAAGUGUGCAGCUGCUGUCAGACUGCGCCAGGAACACUGUGGUGUAACUCAGUGUAGGUCAUGUGACUGUGCAGAGGGGACGUCAGAGGACUCUUCAGGCGAUUACGAGGAAUCAAUACACACAACAAUAACAACAGAUGACCUGUUAGACUGCCUGGUGCACCCUGAUGUCAUUGCCCGUGUCACUGAGCUUUUACUGGAGAGGCACACAGGAAGUCACAGCGACACAACACCCUCUUAGCUUUAAAGGUACCAUUUGUACGUCAUACAUUGACUGUUUUUUUUUUUACUAAAACUGAGAUCUGCAGCGCCUCACUCAGCUGCCUGUAACAGCCUGUGGACUGACCUCUGUGUAAAGGCCUCACGUUCCCAUGCCGUGCCUCUCGCCAGCUCUGCUACAGCGCCAACACAAGGAGUCCGUUGACAUCAACAAAUGACCCACCAGGCAGAGACAGACUUUCACUUAGUGCCCUGUGACAUCUCGAAUUUAGCCAGAGCCAGACCGAGCGCCCCAGCACCUGGGGUCUGAUCACAGACUGCCCUGAGCCGACACCGGAUCAGCAAACUUUCACUGUGAACCUCAGGGCUCGGGUUUGCACAGGCUGAAUUCAAGUUGCUACAGCGGCUAAAGUCCGAGCUGCUGUCCACUCACAGGGAAGUCAUAAAGGUGACAUGUUUAUCCGCAGACACAUUCCCUUCGUAGCUUACACGACACCUCCCUUCAAACAGCACCCACCACUAGAACAAGACAAACCCACCAACUACCUAUCUGAACCCUGCUACAAUACUACACUCAGUCUGUUUCCAUGACAUCAGAGACAACAGAUUUAUUUAAAAUCCCUGUGAACAUGUCAGUGUGAGUGAAAUGGUCCUGCAGUGAAUGUGUCACAGUGGGACUAACACACCCAGAUCAUGUGACUCCUGCAUGUAUACAGUCAAUCAGACCCAAACUGGCCGAGGCGCUCUGAGCAUGCUCCACAGUUUCCGCCCCGGGCUUUGACCCGGAAGUCCAAUAGCAUUAAAUGUGUAAGAGAAGAAGAAGCCGGUAACAACAUGGAGAAAUCUACAUCCAGAGCCGUGACUUUUUGGACGGACCAAAUGUACAGAGCUGUAAAGUUGUCCACCAUGGUAGCAGUUAGCUGCUAGCUAACCGUAGCUAACUUGUUUGUCCAUUGUUUGGUCUGUGACGUAAUAGGUCAACAGGAAAAAGGUCCAAUACUAACAAGCUGAAAGGGGGCAUAUCUCCACCUAUCGUAGAGGAGUCGCACAUACUUGGCUCAAUAAAUGGAUUCCCCUCCCGUGCUUGUAUACUGGGACAAGGACAGUAGACCAGUUAGAUGUCCUCGUCCAGCUGGAGCUGGAGCUCCACUUCACUGUCACCAUGGAAACAGACUGAGUGCAGUAAAUAAACGAGACCAAAUGUCGCAUUAAUCCACUUUAUAAUUCAUAAAACAUGAAGACGUGAUUCUUUAUAAAAAUAACGAGAUGUAGCCCUAACUCUCACCUUAACCACCUCUCUAACAAAAUACGUCAUAGCUAGCUAAUCGCUAACUUAGCAAUUUUGUUGGGACUUCCGCUUCCGGGCCGAGAGCGAAGGGGGUUGAUCGUGGACUGACACGUAGAUAUGGUGGGAAAGUCACGUAGCUGCUUCAGCUGCAGUUUCACACACUCAGAUCAACACAGCGUAGCUUAGUUACAGCUAGCUGCCUCACUUAACUUGUUUGCUCACUAAAAUUAUUGCUAGCAAAAUACUAGUUACUUGGCUAGCUUUCCAAAUUACUUCACCAGCUAACGUAAGGUGUUAACAGCUACUCCACAUGGAUCUGCAGUUGGUUGCUGAUAAAGUAAUUUGCAAACAGCAAGCCAUCGAGCAGUGGUCCAAAUACUAACGGGAACAUAACAUUUAUUUUCCAGCAUUUUAUCAACGUGAUGACGAUCAGUCACUCUUUUAGUCAGUGUCUAAGCGCGCUCUUGCGGCUACGGGGCGCAACAGAGUGUAAGCAACAGGAUCUUGUCUAAACGGUAUAAACAGACCCUUUAAUAAUCCAUAAACAACAUUUCAUGAGUCUGAAGCUCCUCAUGUCACUGGUGAUGGUCUGAGCUUCAGCAGCGAUUUCAGGCUGUCUUAGCUUUUCUGCUCUGGACGUCUCAGUGAAGUCUACAGUGAUGAAGAGCUGUGAAAAAACUCUGGCUGCAGAAAUCUAUCCUCAGAGCUGCAUGUAACGCUCUGUCAUCAGUAAGAAGUGAGAGAGGAAGGACGUAUAUCAGCGCAGACCUUCACCCUGAUCUCCUCCUCCUCCUCCUCUCAUCUGUCACGAUCCCCCUGAGAUUAACCCCGGAUACGAGAACUCAACCAAAACGAGUGACGCAACGAGCCGCUCUAACAUUUCCUCUGAUUGU